AUGGCCUUAUUUGAAGAGAAGCUAGAAAAGGACAGGGACAAGUGGAUCAUGUUGUUCGAUGGAGCAUCCAACAUUCUGGGCCAUGGUGUUGGGGUGGAAUUGGUCUCUCCAGACAAUCAAUGCAUACCAUUCACAGCCAGACUUGGUUUCGACUGCACCAUUAACAUGGUUGAAUACGAAGCAUGUGCCCUGGGUGUCCAGGCAGCAGUUGACUUCAACGUCAAACUGCUCAAGGUGUACAGAGACUCGGCACUGGUGAUACACCAGCUAAGAGGAGAGUGGGAAACUAGGGAUCACAAGCUAAUACCCUACCAGACCUACAUCAAGGAGUUGGCUGAGUUCUUUGAUGAGAUCUCUUUCCAUCACAUUCCCCGAGAGGAAAACCAAAUGGUCAAUGCACUCGCCACUUUAGCGUCCAUGUUCCAGCUGACACCGCACGGAGACCUACCAUGCAUUGAGUUCAGGUGUUGUGGCAGGCCCGCAUAUUGUUGUUUGGUAGAGGAGGAGUGGGACGGUAAACCUUGGUAUUUUGACAUCAAGCGAUACGUUGAAAGCAAAGAGUACCCACCGGAAGCUUCCGACAACGACAAGAGGAUGUUAAGGAGGUUGGCAGCCGGUUUCUUUUAA